AUGGAGGCUGAGAUACAGGCACAGAUUCCCGGUAUCGACCAUGUGAUCUCCGAAUAUUCCGUGGCAAGUAUCCUGAUUCGUAUUGGCUAUCUGGCUCAUGCUUCUAAAGCCUAUGUUGAAGAUGCAAAUGGGCCGUCGCCGCUGUCCGAAGCUGCCGAUAUGGUCACGGCGCUUCUGAUUUCUGCCUCGGGAGACUUCUCACCUGAGAACGAAAAGGCCAUUCGUAACCUCGUGGAAAAAUUUAUCGCUUCUCUCAGCGCGUCUGAUGGAGUGAACGCAGAGCGUAGACAGAUGCCCUUCACUGCCAAAAAGCUUGACCAGGCGAUCAAUGUUGGCUCUCAGAAAAAUAUCUCCUCGACUUUGGGUCUAGCGGGAGGCAACGUCGAUCUGGAGUCUGCGAAUGCCAGAAAAGUGGAGUCUCGUGUUGACCGCAAGAAGUUAGAGAAGGCAGAACGAAAGAUUCGUGCUAAGCAGGAAAAGAAACAGAUGAAGACGGUGCAAUACGAAUCUUCCCGUCUCUUGAAUCAGCCCGACAGCACCAUGUCCUACGAGGAAUUCUUCAUGGCUGUCAACCCUCUUCAACUUGGCUCUGACUCCCAGUCAAAGAGUAAGGAUAUUAAGGUUGACAGUAUUGAUAUCUCUGUUGGCGGGCAUCGUAUCUUGACCGACGCUUCAUUGGCUUUGGCUUAUGGCCGACGCUAUGGUCUCGUGGGUCAGAACGGUAUCGGAAAGAGUACUCUUCUGCGCGCGUUGAGUCGGCGUGAAGUGGCAAUCCCCAGCCAUAUCUCGAUUCUUCAUGUUGAACAAGAGAUUACGGGUGAUGAUACACCUGCGCUUCAAGCAGUUUUGGAUGCUGAUGUCUGGCGCAAGCGUCUAUUGGCCGACCUAGAGAAAAUCACUAAGCAGCUCGCCGAGAUCGAAGCAGAGAGAUCGUCGAUGGCGGACACUUCUAAGGAUGCUGCUAGACUUGACCACGAAAGGGAAGGAUUGGAUAUUACCUUGAAUGAUAUUCAUGCGAAGCUUGCAGAAAUGGAAUCGGACAAGGCCGAGUCUCGUGCCGCUAGUAUCCUGGCCGGCCUUGGCUUUUCACCCGAGAGGCAGCAGUUUGCAACAAAAACAUUCUCGGGUGGUUGGCGGAUGAGAUUGGCCUUGGCUCGGGCACUUUUCUGCGAGCCUGAUCUGCUUUUGCUGGACGAACCGUCCAACAUGUUGGAUGUGCCUUCGAUUACCUUCUUGUCCAACUAUCUACAAACCUAUCCUAGCACCAUCCUUGUGGUUUCUCACGAUCGUGCCUUCUUGAACGAAGUAGCCACGGAUAUCAUGCAUCAGCAUUCUGAGAGACUCGACUACUACAAGGGAGCCAAUUUCGAUUCAUUCUAUGCCACCAAGGAAGAGCGGAAGAAGAAUGCGAAACGCGAAUACGAGAAACAAAUGGCCGAACGCGCACAUCUGCAAGCAUUUAUCGAUAAGUUCCGGUACAACGCCGCCAAGUCGUCUGAGGCGCAAUCUAGGAUCAAGAAACUCGAAAGAAUGCCCAUCUUGGAAGCCCCAGAAAGUGAUUAUGUCGUUCACUUCAAGUUUCCCGAUGUCGAGAAGCUUUCCCCUCCUAUUGUACAGAUGACGGAUGUGUCAUUUGGUUAUUCGAAGGACAGACCGCUUCUCAAAAACAUUGACCUCGAUGUGCAGCUUGAUUCACGUAUUGGCAUCGUUGGACCUAACGGUGCGGGUAAAACCACUGUGCUCAAGUUGCUAACGGCUCAACUUCAGCCGACGUCUGGUUUCAUAUCACAACAUGCCAGGCUGCGCAUCGGAUAUUUCGCACAGCAUCAUGUGGAUGCCUUGGAUUUGACGACCAGUGCCGUGAGUUUCAUGGCAAAGACCUACCCAGGAAAGACAGACGAGGAAUAUCGGAGACACCUUGGAGCUUUCGGUAUCACUGGAAUGACUGGCCUCCAGCGCAUGGAGCUCCUGUCUGGAGGUCAGAAGUCUCGUGUCGCCUUCGCCUGCCUGUCUUUGACUAACCCGCACAUUCUGGUCCUGGACGAACCUUCUAACCAUUUGGAUAUUGAAGGUAUGGAUGCGCUGUCCGAGGCUCUGCAAAACUUUGAGGGUGGUGUAGUGAUGGUAUCGCAUGAUGUGACGAUGCUUCAAAAUGUCUGCACCAGCUUGUGGGUCUGCGACAAGGGCACGGUUCACAAAUUCGAUGGCACUGUGAAUGCCUAUAAGAAGUUGAUCAGUGCUCAAGCCAACGAGGCCGGAGUAGCUGCUCCGCACUAA